CUACGCUGCUCAGGAAACAGAACUAAACAAGAUAUAAUAACCGGGUCUUGGUUCUGUUCUAGUUACCAUGCCUAAUAAGAACCCCAAAACCCUACAUUUUUCCAUCUAUAAUACAGAAUAGGUUUCCAUCAAGUAUCGAUCUAGCUCAACAUUCCUAGUUGAUCAUUAGAAGUAUACAGAAAUUCAGUGAUGGGAAGCAUUGAUUUCAGAUCAGGGGAGUCGGCUGUUGAUCUUACUGGUGAAGUUCAUCAUCUCCCUUGUUGUAUUAAGUACAAUGGACCUUCUUCUGUUUCUCAAUAUUUCAAGCCCAAACCUACAGGAGUGGAGGUGGAGGAUCUGAAGGUGGAAGAAGCUCAAUUUAGAGGAAGAAGACUUCAGGGGACUACCAUUCACAUGCCUGAAGGCUAUUCUGGUUCCGUAUUAGGGAAGAAGAAUUUGAGUAAAUCAGAAGCUUCUUCCGAUUUUGAAGAUCAAUCAAAUUGUUGGGAAGUGAAUGCAAGAUUUCAGAGCAUAACAACAUGGAAUCAUGACAAUCUUCCCUCUCAAGAUGAUGCUUUCCUUCGAUCUUUUCACUGGAUUAAUGUUGCCAAAGCGCUACAUCGACCAGUGACAAGUGAUGAUCUGACAAAAACCGGAGUUUAGAACUCGUGAAAGCCAUUGUUGUUUGGAAAUGACCACUAUGCUUAGGCAACCUUUUGGAAACUUGGUAACAGUUAGUUUAUUGAUGUGAUUGGAAAGUUUUAUAUUUGUUGUAUUUGUUAAAAAUUAUAAUUAUCUUAAAAAUAAUUUGCUAAAAAUAUGUGAGAAAAGUGUACUUAUGACACAAUUGAGCUAUGAUAUUUUUCUGUG